AUAAGCCUAUAUUGAAGUGUAUUUAAAUUAUUUUCAAUAAAUUGUUUUUUAUUGACUGAACUAUUCCAAACCUUUUAUUGUAACUUUCAUUCUUUUUUCCAAUUAUCUAAUCUGAUUUUCUUUCGAUUUUUUACCAAUCGUGAUAAUUUGAACGUCGGUCAACUUCGGAAAACUCCGACUCAUUCCGCCAAAUCGAAGGUCGAAAGCGCGGUCGAAUGCAACUGCGUGAGCGCGAAAUUGUAAAAACUUAACCUCUAAGUGCUCCAAGUAAAAUCGAAUUGGCGCGAAAAUGUCGCAGCGUAGCAUUACAUCGUUUUUCAGCAAAGUAAAUCCAAAAUCUGAUAAAGAUGAAGUAGAAAGCGUUAAAAAAAGUGAUUCUAAAGUGGAAAAUACUGACAUCAGCAAUGGAAAGCGUAAAAGGGACAAGAGCAGUGAAGUUAAAAAGUCACCGUCGUCACGAAAGUCGGCUGCCAAAGGGACCGAUAAAAAGGUGGAACCAGCUGUAAAACGUCGAAAAUCUACUGCUAAUAGUAAACAAUCUCUUGCUCAGAAAAAAACAAAGGCAAGUACUCAGAAAAAAAGUAAAAAGAAACAGGAAGAAAGCAAUUCCGAAAGUGAGUCAGAUUCUCCACCAACCAAGGAGGUUGAGGAGUUUUCAUCAGAAGAAGAUGAUGGUCCCACUGAAAGGAACACCAGAGGUAAAAACAAGAAAGCAGAAUCUGAAGCUGUGAGGAGGCUCAGGAAUAUCGUUGAUUCGGAUACUUCAUCGGAUGAGGAAAAGCAAGCUGCGAAUGGGAAAGGUAAGAGUAGCAAGGAGUCCACACAAUCAAGUGCAUCAAAGAAAAAUAAAAGUAUUGUCGACGAUGAUACUGAGCAAGAGGAGGAUGAAGAAAGUAAUGGAAAAGCGAUGAAGGAAGAUGAGGAAGAAACUACGGAAGUCGAUUCUUCUUCAGAGGAAAAGGCCAGUAAAGAUGAGGCUUCCUCAGAUGAAAAAGACAGUGACGACGAUGAUCGAGUGAAGGAGAAGAAGAAGAAUAGCAAGGAGUCAAAAGAAUCUACGAUGUCCAAGUUGAAGAACUUUGCUUAUAAUGAAGAUACACCUAAAAAGAAGUCAACAAAGAAUAAAGAGAAAGAUGAAAGUGAAAAUGAAUCUAAGAAUUUAAAAGCAUUGGAAAGUGACAAAAAAUCUAAAGAUGAAGAGAAAUCAGAAAAUGAUGAAGAUGAAAAUGAAAAAUCAAAUAUAACAGAGGAAUCCAAAGAAACCCCUAAAGUAUCAACAAGCAAUAAAGAAGCCAAAAAAUCUCCUAUACCUAAAAAAUCUACUACAUCUAAGAAGUCUCAUUCUACCAAAAAAUCUCCUUCCAUAAGGAAAACUCCAGCCUCAAAGAAGACCCCUGUGUCCAAGAGAUCAGCAAAAGUUGCUGGAAAAAAAGAAGAAUCGGAUGAAGAUGAUGAAGUAGUUACCAAGAAACCUAAAAAGACAAGUAAUACAUUAUCAGAAUCACCGCCUCAAAAGAAGCAAGAAAAUGGAUCCAAGAAUGGCAGCGAAUCUCCAGAAAAACAAAGCGGCAAAGACAGUGAUGUGAAAGAAGAAAAAGAUAAGACAAGUGCAAAAGAAGAAAAAAAAGAUUCUCCAUCAUCAAAGAAACCUAGUUCUAAUGGGUUAGCUAGUAUAUUUGGUGGAAAAGCCAAACAAACUAAUGAAAGUCUUGACUACAAUCCUGCUAAAUCAUCUUAUCAUCCAAUCAAUGAUGCUUUUUGGAAAGAAGGCCAAAAAGUUCCAUAUUUGGCUCUAACAAGAACUUUUGAAUUGAUAGAAGAUAUAAGUGCCAGAUUGAAAAUUAUUGAAAUAUUGUCAAAUUAUUUUCGUUCUGUAAUUGUUUUGAGCCCAGAUGAUCUUCUUGCUAGCAUCUACUUGUGUUUGAAUCAACUUGCUCCUGCUUAUGAAGGACUUGAACUAGGUAUUGCUGAAACAAACUUAAUGAAAGCUAUAGCUAGCUCAACUGGUAGAACACUUGCUCAGAUAAAAAGUGAACUACAAAAAGUUGGUGAUUUAGGUGUAAUUGCAGAAGGUAGUCGAUCAAAUCAGAAAAUGAUGUUCCAGCCCCCACCACUCACUGUAAAUACUGUCUAUGCUAAAUUAAAAGAAAUAGCUUCCACUACAGGAACAUCAUCAGGGAUGAAAAAAGUUGACAAAAUACAGUCAUUAUUUGUAGCUUGUCGUCACUCGGAAGCUCGGUAUUUAAUCAGGUCCUUAGCUGGAAAACUAAGAAUAGGACUAGCAGAGCAAUCUGUCUUGCAAGCCAUAGCUCUGGCUUGUGCAAUGACUCCUCCAGAACAGAGUCGUCCAUUCGAAGUGUUGAAUGCUUCUAAAGGCAUAUCCAGUGAAUCUUUCAAGCAAAACUACGACGAGGUGGCUUUAAUUCUUAAAACUACUUACUGUCAGUGUCCAAAUUACAACAAAAUCAUUCCAGUAAUUUUGAAAAAAGGCAUCAAAGAAUUGCCUAAUGAGUGCAAACUCACGCCAGGAAUCCCUCUCAAGCCUAUGCUUGCUCAUCCAACAAAGGGUAUUCAGGAAGUACUCUCGCGAUUCGAAGGUUUGAAGUUCACUUGCGAAUACAAGUACGACGGAGAACGAGCUCAAAUUCACAUUCAAGAAGACGGAGCGGUCAAAAUAUACAGCAGAAAUCAGGAAGAUAAUACCAGCAAGUAUCCAGAUAUCAUAAAUCGUAUUUCAAACACGCGACACGAAUCUGUCAAGAGUUGUGUGUUGGAUUGUGAAGCGGUCGCCUGGGAUAAAGAAAAGAAGCAGAUUCUGCCAUUCCAGGUUCUCAGUACCAGAAAACGUAAAGAUGCGAACGAGGCGGACAUCAAGGUGCAAGUAUGUGUAUUUAUGUUCGAUCUUCUUUACUUCAACGGAUCAGCUUUGGUAGAAGAACCGCUGAAGAAACGCCGAGAAUUGCUGAAAGAAUACUUUAAAGAGGUAGAGGGCGAGUGGUGUUUCGCAAAGAGCGUAGACGUUCAGACCAUGGACGAAGUGCAAGAAUUCCUCGACGAAUCUAUAAAGGGCAAUUGCGAGGGUUUGAUGAUAAAGACUUUGGAAAAGGAGGCGACUUACGAGAUAGCCAAGAGGUCACGAAAUUGGCUGAAGCUCAAGAAAGACUAUUUGGAAGGAGUAGGAGACACUUUGGAUCUCGUGGUAAUCGGUGGUUACAUCGGAAAAGGAAAGCGAACUGGUACUUACGGUGGUUUUCUUCUGGCCUGCUACGACCAAGAAAACGAAGAAUACCAGAGUAUCUGCAAAAUUGGUACAGGUUUCAGCGAGGACGAUCUGACAAAGCAUACCGAAGCUCUCAAGGAAUGCGUCAUUGAUCAAGCAAAAUCCUACUACCGAUGCGAUUCCAGUCUCGAGCCGGAUCACUGGUUCGAACCAAAAUUGGUAUGGGAAGUCAAAUGUGCAGAUUUAUCUUUAUCCCCCGUACACGGAGCCGCUAAAGGUAUAGUCGAUCCAGAGAAAGGUAUAUCGCUGAGAUUUCCAAGGUUUAUUCGAGUGAGGGACGACAAAAAUUCUGAAGACGCGACGUCUGCUCAACAGAUUGCCGACAUGUAUUUGAGCCAAGAGCAAAUCAAGAAUCAAACGUCAUCUGCUGGACCAGCAGAGGAAGACUUUUAUUAAUUUUUAAAUCUAUAACUAUUUUCUAGAUAUUUUUACCAAGAAGAGAAAGCAUAAGGCUGAUGAAAUACGAUACACGCGGGUGCGAACUCUUUGAAAGAACAAUCAGAUACGUAUUUUUUUACUAAUUUUUUGACGGUAUAUUAUAUUAUUUUGUCGUUGUUAUGAACAAAUAAAAUUAUUGUAUAUAUACUAACAUUGUAAUUAUCGAAUUGUUCUUUUUGUGUCAGCUGAAAUUGUAAGACAUAAUUAUAAAAAAAAGAAUUGUUUUGUAUAUAUAUAUAUAUUUAUAACACUAAUAAAUUUUCUAAUAAAAAUUCUCAUAGUGAAUACUCAGUCGAGAAAUAUAUUAUUAAUUCUAUCAUUUAUUUAUUUUUUUUACUUGUAUUAUAAGCUAAUUACAAUGCAUUUUCAAUUACAUUUUAAUCAAUGGCUCUUGAGAACGAUUCCUUUCAUACAAAAAGACACUGGAAGGUAUUACAUCGGAAGAAAAAUAAAACACGACAUUCUCACAUUUAACAUAACACCAGUGUAUAUUGUGUCACAACUGGGAUACAGAAUAUUACAAUGGUGCAUAAUAAAAUUUUAUACAUAUUUA